AUGGCCGUCCUAUCCACCUGCUUCCUCUUCCUCCUCCUCCACCUACUCACCGCGCCGCCGUCGCACAGCGCCGCCGCGCCCGAGUACGCGGAGUACACGUGCAAUGGCACCACGGGCAACUUCACCUCCGGCAGCGCGUUCGCCGCCAACCUGGACCGCCUCAUCGCCGAGCUUCCCGGCAACGCCUCCGCCUCCCCGUCGCUCUUCGCGUCAGCCUCCAUCGGGCCCGCCCCGGACACCGCGUACGGCCUCGCGCUGUGCCGCGGUGACAUGACGGACGCGCGCGCGUGCUCGUCCUGCCUCGCCGACGCCUUCGCCCAGCUGCGCCGCCUCUGCGGCGGCGGUGACCGCGACGCCACGUUCUACGCGGACCUGUGCACGGCGCGGUACUCCGGCGGCGACUUCAUGUUCCUGUCGCUCACCGCCGACGUCGUCGACAACUCCCCCGUGGUGAACGGCAUGGACGCGAACGCGUCGACGUACCCUGGGUGGGACGCGGGCAACGCCACGAGCCGGAGCUUCUUCCUGUCGCUGGUGGGCACGCCGUUCGACGAGAUAUCCAUGUACGGGGCCUACAACUCCUCCUCCACGCGCCGCCUCGCCACCGCCGUCAUGUUCAUCAACGCGGCGCUGCCCACCGUGUACGGCCUCGCGCAGUGCACCCCGGACCUCGCGCCCGCGCAGUGCUGGCACUGCUUCCAGGGCCUCGGCGAGCUCAACGACCAGUGGUACGACGGGCGCGAGGGCGGCCGCAUCUCCGGCGUCCGGUGUAGUUUUCGGUAUGAAGGGUACCAGUUCUACCAGGGCACGCCGGACGUCAGGAUCGGUCUGCACGGCGGCGGCCCGUCGUCAUCGUCGGACGAUGAUAGUGGAACCAAUGCAAGCAACCACAAGAAGGUCUUGUUGGUCAUCGCUCUCGUCGUACCAAUCGCUGUUGUCUGUGGGUUGCUGGUUGCCGGCCUUCUCCUCAUCAGAGCACAAAGAAAACGAGCCGCCGGAAAGAGGAGGCUGCCGAUGAAGACCAGGGUGCAGACACGUUCGAGAAACAGCUCCAAGACGGAGGAGGCGCUGAAGCUAUGGCGAAUCGAGGAGAGCAGCUCCGGGUUCACGCUGUAUGACUUCGCCGAGCUGGCCGCCGCCACGGGCGACUUCUCCGACGAGAACCUGCUCGGCAAAGGCGGCUUCGGCCCCGGGAAGCUGCCGGACGGCACGGAGAUCGCGGUGAAGCGGCUGGCGGCGCAUUCCGGGCAGGGGCUGCUGGAGUUCAAGAACGAGACCCAGCUGAUCGCCAAGCUUCAGCACACCAACCUGGUGCGCCUCGUCGGCUGCUGCGUCAAGGAGGAAGAGAAGCUGCUCGCGUACGAGUACAUGCCCAACCGCAGCCUCGACUGCUUCAUCUUCGACCAGCAGCGGGGGCCAUUGCUGAACUGGGAGAAGCGGCGCCGCAUCAUCGACGGCAUCGCGCAGGGGUUGCUCUACCUGCACAAGCACUCCCGGGUACGCAUCAUUCACCGGGACUUGAAGGCCAGCAACAUCCUGCUGGACAAGGACCUGAACCCCAAGAUCUCCGACUUUGGCAUGGCCAGGAUCUUCGGUUCUAACAUGACGGAAGCCAACACCAACAGAGUCGUCGGAACAUAUGGCUACAUGGCUCCCGAGUACGCUUCCGAGGGCAUCUUCUCGGUGAAAUCGGACGUGUACAGCUUCGGCGUGCUGCUGCUGGAGAUCGUCAGCGGCAAGAGGAACAGCAGCCACCGCCACCACUACGGCGACUUCGUCAACCUGCUCGGAUACGCCUGGCAGCUAUGGAGGGAAGGGCGAUCGUUCGAGCUGAUCGACCCGACGCUGGGCGAGUGCAGCGAGGUGGCGGCCAUCGUGCGCUGCGUCAAGGUGGCGCUGCUGUGCGUGCAGGACAGCGCCACGGACCGGCCCACCAUGGCCGACGUGACGGCGAUGCUGGUCAGCAGGGAUGCGGCGGCGGCGGCGGCGGCGUCGCUGCCGGACCCGAGACGGCCGCCGCACUUCUCGCUCAGGGUCAGCAGCAGCGACGACGGGUCGUCGGAGGUGCAGACGCGGUCGCAAGGCACCGCGUCGUGCAGCACCAACGACCUCACCAUCACCACCAUCCAAGAGGGCAGGUGAUCCAUGACCGGCGUAUCAACCACGUCGAUCGUGAUCCUGCUGGGUGCUGCUGGGACAUGAGAACUGUGAUCAUGUUGCGUUCAAUUUUUCUAUAUGGGCCUGAUCGAUCGGCCUUCGCGAAUCGCGAAUGACGAGUUAGUCGUAGAUGAUGAUAGGCGGCUGGGGCAAAGUAAAAUUUGCACUUGCCUCUCUGAUGUGAGAACGCGUGACAGGUUGACAGCAUGUCCGUGGAAUUUGAUGCAUAUACAUACACAGG